AUGUCCUUUGCUAACGUCACCGACAAGGUUGCUUCAGACGUUCUAGACAUUAUGGUAUUGUUGCAGGGCCAAGUACCUGUCGAUUUGAAAACUACAAACGGCGGCCAAAAUUCGAUCUUGAUAUCCAUCGGAUAA